GAGAAACAAAAAGAUGGAGUGUAUGACUCAUGUUUCAUUCAUCAACCUUGAGUCGGAGAAGAGUCCUUAUUCUGGUAAAACUUAUUAAGAACCGCUUCUUCUUUCUCUCUUCUUCCAACCUAAGCAAUCUCACAGCUUUCUCUCUCUCUCUACUGUGUUUUUUUUCUCUCUUCUUUAAGCUCUGUACAAUCUUCAUUUUCUUCUCUCUUCCUUUUCCCUGCCAUUCUUAGAUCCAAUCUUCUUACACCUCAUUUCCGAGUCUAAGUCCAGUCAAUAUCACCAUAUACCACUCAUUUUGACUUACCCACCUCACAAAACUUGGAAUUUUGUAUGAAAUCGACUUCAAACUGAGUUGGGUCUUCCUUCUAAUUCUGUAUAUUGCCGGCUACUCACUUGAAAAUUGCAUCUUGAAACUUGGGUCUUCGUCAUUUUUUGUGAGUUCAUCCUUUUGAAGUUGAUGCUGAGUUGAGAAUCUGUGCAGAUAUGGUGGUUUUUUGAUAUUCGGGUGAACCAUUGAAAACUUGGAGGGAUUUUGUGGGUGCUGUUAGUUAGUUACAGCGAUGGCGACACAGAGCUGGAGAGACUCCUACAAGGGUAUGUCCUCUGAUAAUAUCAAGGGGUUGGUCUUGGCUCUAUCUUCGAGCUUCUUUAUCGGUGCCAGCUUCAUUGUCAAGAAGAAGGGAUUGAAGAAAGCUGGUGCCUCUGGUAUUAGGGCAGGGAGUGGAGGUUAUUCUUACUUGUAUGAACCACUUUGGUGGGUGGGCAUGAUAACAAUGAUUGUUGGGGAAAUUGCUAAUUUUGCUGCCUAUGCUUUUGCACCUGCUAUAUUAGUCACACCUCUUGGUGCUUUGAGCAUUAUUAUCAGUGCUGUUCUUGCACAUAUUAUUUUGAAUGAGAAGCUACACAUUUUUGGAAUUCUUGGUUGUGUUCUUUGUGUUGUGGGUUCUACAACAAUUGUUCUGCAUGCUCCUCAAGAACGUGAGAUUGAAUCUGUUAUAGAAGUUUGGGAUCUUGCUACGGAACCUGCUUUUCUGUUCUAUGCGGCCUUGGUCAUAACUGCUGUAUUUAUACUUAUAUUCCACUAUAUCCCUGACUACGGCCAGACACAUAUAAUGGUUUACAUAGGAGUUUGUUCUCUUGUUGGCUCUUUGUCGGUUAUGAGUGUUAAAGCACUUGGAAUUGCAUUGAAGUUGACAUUGUCAGGGAUGAAUCAGCUAAUAUAUCCCCAAACAUGGGCGUUCACUUUAGUUGUAAUUACUUGUGUGCUUACCCAAAUGAAUUAUUUGAACAAGGCACUUGAUACAUUUAACACUGCUGUUGUAUCUCCCAUAUACUAUGUUAUGUUCACGUCUCUCACCAUUCUGGCUAGUGUUAUAAUGUUCAAGGAUUGGGAUAGGCAGAGUCCAACUCAGAUUGUCACAGAAAUGUGUGGGUUCGUGACUAUUCUCUCAGGAACCUUUCUUCUUCACAAAACUAAGGAUAUGGCUGAUGGGUCUUUGCCUGUGCGACUCCCUAAGCACACAGAUGAUGAUGGCUACGGUGUUGAAGGCAUCCCUCUUAGACGUCAGGAGUCAUCAAGGUCAGCUCAAAAUUGAAAUAUUCAUCACCUUGUUCCUGCAAUUGCCAAGGAAUUGAUAUUUGGGGGAGAGACUAUCUGACAUCAACCUAUAUAUUAUGGGAGUACUCCCAUAAUUUCGUUUUCGGGAUACAGCCAGAGAAAUGAAGGUGAAGUUUUUCCCUUGCAUGUUUCUUUUUGGCUUCACAGAGAAGAGUAUAGCCUUCAGCUGUUUCCUUGUAUACGAUCCCCUCUUCAUACAGAAGGAAUUGGCCAAUGUAAUUUUGAGCACAUUGGUAAUAUAUAGUGCAUCUUUGUUUCA